AAAUAAUUUUUAUUUUAACUAAUAAUUUAAAAUAAAAUAUAUUAUGAAAAAAGACAAAUUUGAAAUGAUGUCAUUUGGUAAACGUUCUUAGUAAUUUUAAUUAUUAUAAAAAUAGUAUAAACUUUUGUCAUUAUUACUUCGCGGGAAAAGACCUAGUUUUUGGCAGGGUGUGAACAUUUGUAUGUAUAGUACAUACAUACUUGGUACCAUUUUGAUUGGCAGCUUUCCACCUUUGUAAGGAUCUGGAUCCUACAUGUAAAUAAGGAACUAGGCAGGAUGUGUUGCAGGACGUUGCACAUAUUAUGACGAUGAUGCUACUUUGUCUUGUCCAGAGGGAAAAGUUUGCGCGGAUGUGGCGGAAAUUUGCUCCUCAACCGAGGGACCGGUAUGCUCAAAUACAAACAGCGGGUCAAUAGGGACUUGUAAGGAAUGCCUUCUGAACACACCAAGCGCGCACAAAGUUUGUGUAACCGAGACGGAUUAUGGUAUUUGCAAUCAUGGCACCCUUUUAUCGCUCCAGUACAAAUGUCCAGUUGCUAUGCCUUAUUGUCGCUUAGAAAAUGAUGGAAGCAUCUGUCAAAUAGAUAACACUGAUCUCGACUGUUCUGCAAGUGAAACAGGAUCUGGCGAAGGAAAUGGAAAUGAAAACGGAAAUGGGAAUGAAAAUGGAAACGGGGGGCAGACUUCUGGUUGCACUGACGAAGGACUUUUUCCUGAUACUACUGAUAAAACAUGCACUAAAUACUUCAAAUGCGUCAAGGAUGCUUCAGAAAUAUUUCAGAAAGUAGAGCUGUCAUGCUUGACUACAGGUUUUGCAUUUAAUCCAAUUUCAACGCGCUGUGAACCGAAUUAUACAUGUACUAACUAAAUUCAAUAUUUUUAUAUUUAUGUUAA